AGAUAUAAAGUCAUGAAGAACUGGGGUGUUAUAGGUGGAAUUGCCGCUGCGCUAGCAGCAGGAAUAUAUGUUAUUUGGGGUCCCAUUACAGAAAGAAAGAAACGUAGAAAAGCGGAAGAGGGAAGUAUGUCAGAUUUUGUUGAUCUCUUUGCAGAAGGACUGAUCAGAAUGGCAGUAGUGGUGUCUUUCCCACUGAUUAUAAGAACAAAAUCAUUGUCCUGGGGAACAAGAACAGAACAAUUGUUUUCUUCUGUUGUGAGAAACAUUGCUUUCUUAACAAAGAAGAGAGAGAGAGUGAGGGAGAGAAAGAGAGAGAGAGGUUACUCAGUGUUUCUGAACAUUCAAUGGAAGCCAGGCUGUGCCAGACACUCUGGUGCAUUUCAGUAGUCACACGCGGCCCGGACUUGUCCUUCUGCGGCUUGCGGUCUCCUGAAGGAGCGGUAGUAGGACUGGGCCUCGGCUAGGACAGGAUGCCUGGCCCCCUGCUCUCUGUGGAUGAGGACUUUCUGAGGGCUUGUGCCUGGCCUUGUCAACUUGGGGAACACCUGCUUCAUGAACUCCCUGCUGCAAGGCCUGUCUGCCUGCCCCACCUUCAUCAAGUGGCUGGAAGAGUUCACCACCCAGUACACCAGGGAUCAGAAGGAGUGCCCCCAACACCAGUACUUGUCCUUGACACUGUUGCGCCUCUUGAAAGCUUUAUCCUGCCAAGAAGUCACUGAUGAAGAGGUCUUGGAUGCAAGCUGCUUGUUGGACGUCUUAAGAAUGUACAGAUGGCAGAUCUCUUCGUUUGAAGAGCAGGACGCUCAUGAGUUAUUCCAUGUCAUUACCUCGUCUUUGGAGGAUGAGCGGGACCACCAGCCCCGGGUCACACAUCUGUUUGAUGUGCAUUCCCUAGAGCAGCAGUCAGAAGUGACUCCCAGACAGAUCACCUGCCGCACCAGAGGGUCACCUCAUCCCACAUCUAACCACUGGAAGUCCCAGCAUCCUUUUCAUGGAAGACUUACUAGUAACAUGGUCUGCAAACACUGUGAGCACCAGAGUCCCGUUCGAUUUGAUACCUUCGAUAGCCUUUCACUAAGUAUUCCAGCUGCCACAUGGGGUCAUCCACUGACCCUGGACCACUGCCUUCACCACUUCAUCUCGUCGGAAUCCGUGCGGGAUGUCGUAUGUGACAACUGUACGAAGAUUGAAGCCAAAGGGACGCUGAAUGGGGAGAAGGUGGAACACCAGAGGACCACGUUUGUCAAACAGUUAAAACUAGGGAAGCUCCCCCAGUGUCUGUGCAUCCACCUCCAGCGGCUGAGCUGGUCCAGCCACGGCACACCCCUGAAGCGGCACGAGCACGUGCAGUUCAACGAGUUCCUGAUGAUGGACAUCUACAAGUAUCGCCUCCUCGGACACAAGCCCGGUCACCGCAGCCCCGAGCUGCACGAGAAGGCGGGGCCUGCGCUGGAGCUGCAGGACGGGCCGGCAGCCCCCAAGCCAGUUCGGAAUCCCCCGGGGGGCACCAAAACACAGAUUCUCAUGAACGGCGCCUGCUCCCCGUCUUUCUUGCCCACGCUGCCAAGCCCGAUGCCCUUCCCCCUCCCAGCUGUUCCUGACUACAGCGCCUCCGCGUACCUCUUCCAGCUGGUGGCAGUUGUCGUCCACCACGGAGACAUGCACUCGGGACACUUCGUGACCUACCGACGGUCCCCGCCUUCGGCCAAGAACCCUCUCUCCACCAGCAACCAGUGGCUGUGGAUUUCUGACGACACCGUCCGCAAGGCCAGCCUGCAGGAGGUGCUGUCCUCCAGCGCCUACCUGCUGUUUUACGAGCGUGUUCUUUCCAAGAUGCAGCACCAGAGUCAGGAGCGCAAGUCUGAAGAAUGACUCUGCCCCGGCCCCGAAGCUAGAGCUGAUGGCUCCGUCCAAGGUGUGUGUGUGUGUGUGUGUGUGUGUGUGUGUGUGUGUGUGUGUGUGUGUGUGUGUGUGUGU